AUGUCUUCUCCCACCUCUCAGAGCUUCGAUACCUCCCACACCCUGGACGAGGAACGUGAGAGCGUAUACAUUGCGGAUGGCACUCUUGCUCUUGGCUUCAUCGCGCCGCCACUCGUCGACACCCAACGCCAACACCCUUCCGUCCUGGAUCCUGAUCUUACGGACAAGCUCCGAGCGUUUGUUCAUCGACUCGUGAAGAAUGAAAUGGACAAACUCGAAGGUCAGGUCGAAGCCACGAGAAAGACGGUACAGGGCGAAUUGAGUGAUACGGUUGAGAUGUUAGAGCAUCGCUGUGCUGACCGAUUUACCAGGAAUGGCAAGUCAAUAGACGCUGUCAUGACAGGUAUAGACAAGUCCGAUGAGCUGAAUCAGUCGAGGUUUGCGGCCAUCGAGGAUUCGGUGGCCUCGUUUCGUCGUAAACUUGAACUCGUGGUCAGCGACUUGGGAGUGCAAGCUGAGCUUAAUAUACACGAUAGUGAAGCACCGACUACCCCUGCGCCGUCUACAAUCACCAACGGAGAAGGUUAUCCCGGAGCGCAAACGACCUACAACCAUUCGCAAGUAGACCUUGCAUCUCUGUGGUCUAUCGUCGCGGAGCUGGCAGAACGUCAGGGUGAAGAUCGCACGGCUUUCUCCGAAGAAAUCGUUGGACUGUCGCGCGACAUGGCACGCUUAUUCGAACGAUUUCAGGAAUUCGAGACCAGCUUGCCGCCUACGCCAAGCCCAGACAAUUCAGAAGGCAUAGGCGCUCGCAUGACUAGCGCCAAUGAGGACCUGCUCAGCACCGCGAAUGAUGUCGCAGGCGUGCCUCAGUCUGUCCUCGACGUUGCCGGAGCGCGCACCCUAACGGCACCUUCGCCAGCCAUGUCGCAACAUACUGCACGCCUCGAUAGUGUGCUCCCCUCCGUGACCGUCACGCCCGUUCGUCCGUUCCUUCCUUUCCCACCUUCCUUGCUGAUAGUACAAUAG